AUGACUGAACAAAAACCAUACCUCAAAAGCAUAACUUGUGGAUUCUUCGGCCAGGAGACUUACAACCAGAACCAAUCUGAGGGAGACUUGGAUGAAGAAAGUCUGGUUUUAACGCUGGUCCCAUAUACUGAGGAGACAACCACAGAAUAUCCUACGGAAUUAAAUGAUUCGGAAUUAAAUGAAUCGGAAUUAAAUGUUUCUUCAACCAUAGACCACAAACCACCAGUCCAUUCUCAGGUGAGGUAUGAGGGAAUCAAACAUCCUGCAAGAAUCAUAUUAGGCACCUGUCCUCCGCCCACCCUGCCUCCGAUUAAUGAGGUGUCCCGGAACACUCUGCGGGAGUGGUGUCGUUAUCAUAACUUAAGUACAGAUGGCAAGAAAGUUGAGGUUUAUUCAAGACUUUGGAGACAUUCAUAUUCAAAACAAGAAUGUUAUAUUCCCAACACACCUCUUGAGGAAAAACUGUAUCCCAAGAAACCGAAGAUGGUCUUCAGAGGAAUUGGGCUUCCAAGCAGCUGCCAAAGUGAGAAGCAGGAGAAUGGUGUAGUGGAAAUUCUAACGUCAGCUCAGGGCUCCACAUUCGCAGCCUGGGGAAGAAUUGCUAUGAGAGCUGCUCAGUCUAUGUCUGUGAAUCGUUGUCCUCUUCCCUCUUCUGUGGAGGCCUUUCUGCCAGAAACCGUUGGAGUCAGAUGGUGUGUUGUCCAUGGCAGGCAGUGCCCUGCAGAUAGAAAAGGCUGGGUUCGCCUGCAAUUUCAUGCUGGUCUCACCUGGGUUCCAGAUACUCCCCAAAGGAUGAAUUUUCUCUUCCUGUUACCAGCCUGUGUUAUCCCAGAACCAGGAGUGGAAGGUAAUUUGCUAUGUCCUGAAUGUGUUCACAGCAAUAAUAAGCUCAUGAGAAACUUCAAAAUGAGGAGCGGUAAAAUGAGGAGCCAUUCAAAGAAAAAUGCCCCACCACCAAAUAUGCCACCUUAG